GCCCCCCGCCGGCCGCCGGCUUUAAAUGCGGGGCGGCGCGCCCGCAGUGGAGCUCUCGUUCUCGCACUCGCCGGCGGCCGCCAUGGUCGAGGCUUUCUGCGCCACGUGGAAGCUGGUGGACAGCCACAACUUCGACGAGUACAUGAAGGCGCUGGGAGUGGGGUUUGCAACGCGGCAGGUGGGGAAUGUGACUAAACCCACUGUGAUUAUCAGCAGCGAGGGGGACAAAGUAGUGAUCAGGACUCAGAGCACUUUCAAAAACACAGAAAUCAGCUUUAAGCUUGGAGAGGAAUUUGAUGAAACUACCCCCGAUGACAGAAACUGCAAAUCAGUUGUGACCCUGGAUGGAGACAAGCUAGUGCAUGUACAGAAGUGGGACGGCAAAGAGACAAACUUUGUGAGAGAAAUAAAGGAUGGCAAAAUGGUAAUGACUCUCACCUUUGGUGAUGUGGUUGCUGUUCGCCACUAUGAGAAAGCAUAGAGCUUACCUGACCUCUGUCCAGGUGCUACUUCUGCUGGAUGGAUUAAUGUACCUGUCCGUAAUUGAACGUAGCUAAAAUGCACAUUUAUGGGGUGAAAGGUUAAAAAAGAGGGGGUUUUUUUGGGGUGUGUUUUUUUUUAAAAAAACUUUAUGCCAUCAAAUCGGCAAGCUUGUGCUGUAUAGUGAAACAGGUUAAACUUGGCAUUAAAUUUCUGAAACACUUGCCUUUUUUUUUUACGGUAAAUGGAACAUUUGAAUUGUUUUGGAAUGCAGAUUAAAUGGAAAUUAAAUGAUUUUUUAAACCUGU